AUGUCGGCGCCGGCACACGACGGCGUCCAUCCCGGCCUGUUCCGGCCGCCAGUGUCGCCCAGCUCCAGCUUCUCCUCCUCAUCCUUUGCGACCGAGCACUCUUCGAAGCGGAAAUGGAGUCGCACCAGCAUGCCCCGGAUGCACCAGACAGGCGCUCAUGGCGGCCUCUAUGACGAAGGAGAGGUCUAUAUGGAUGCCGCGGCACCGCCCUCGAGAACCUAUGCGCUGGCUGGCCAACUCCACACGCCGCUGGUGGGAGAAGAUGCCGACAUGGCCAUGGCCGAGAGCAUGGGAGACAGCAUGGGAGACAGCAUGUACUCUGACUCCGACUACCGGCGGGCCCUGGGCACCAAGCGAUCGCGCGAUGAGAUGGACCAAGACUCCUCCAGCGGGCCGCCCACGCAGCUGUUUAGCCAAACCGAGCCUGAAGAGUCUGCAAAUGCCAAUGGCUGGGGCUCUUUUGCUUUCGCCACCAUUGGGGGAGUUGUUGGCCGGGUAUGGGAGUUUUGCAAGGCGGGUGCGUUCAAGGGUUUUUACGCAGGGGGCGGCGCAUCGUACAAGGUGACGUCGACGGGUGUUAGUGUUGAUGAAGAUGCUGGUCCCGGCCUAGACCAGCCUUAUUAUUUCCAGGGCCAUAGUCAGCAACAGCAAAGCCAUGCCUUUGUUAGUAGAGACAGGGCGCGGCAUGUACAGCAGUUGCCAAAAAGGAGUCACCACCACUACAGCAGCAACAGCAACAACAACAGUCAAAGUUCUGGCUACGACGAUCCAUAUGACAGCCGCGCUUCCACGCCCACUGGGCCGGCACCCAAGAGACGUAGGCAAACUGAGAGCGGCAACGACCUGGGCCAGAACUGGGUUAUGAUCCGGGAGCCCAACCGCGACAGCGAGCUGAAGACGCCCCGAAAGAUGGCUACGCCGAGCCGCACAUCCCCUCGCCAUCACGCUCAGCAAACUCCCCUGGCGGAUCACCGCAUGGGCCCUCCAAGCAGCUUUUCCACUCCUUCAUCCUCUGACCCUGCGCCUCUUCGCCCCGCGAGUCGCGCUGCCAGCCGUCCAGGCAGUCGAAUGUCGGACGUCAACGCCUUUAGGUCUGCACGACCUGCAACCUCAGCUUCGGCUGCGUCGUUCAAAGCCAGCGUUCCCAAGCCGCCUACACAAAGCAGGAUUCCUGUCAAGGCGAAUACUUCAGCAACGUUGGCAUCGCCAGCUCCGCUGGCAAAUCUUGAGCCUGGCCGAAGGCGCAGACACACUGUCGUACCGUCGUCCUCCGAUCCCUCUGCCUGGAAAAGUCCAAGUCACCAGCGCGCUGAAAGUGCAGCCUCAGUGGCUACUAGCAGGGCUACCGAGAUUGAUGCCAGCCCGCGACUGGAUGCCGAGGCCAGGCGAUUAACCUCCCGUCGCCAGAUGGAAGAGCGCAAUGCUGAUGCGCGCAUGGCGGCGUUCAACAAACAGCUGCAAGAUAUGAUUCGACAGGGCAGAGAAGCUCUGGGGUCGACUAUCGACGUCGAUAUUGGCGAUGCAGGCUGGGAAGACACGCUCUAAAUAAGGUUGCGCAACUGCAGUCUCAUCUUCCGACCACUCCUUAUCAUUCCUUUACAUGAACAUAGUUUCCUUUUAUCUUUUCUUUAUUGUCUAUUGAUGGAUUGAUGACCUUUUCUAUUCUUACUCUCUUUUGUUUACUCGACAUGAGUAUUUAUGACACUACGAGAUUACUAGAUACGAAAACAACGUACCGACGAGCUACACAGGAUCUGCCUGCUUGAUUUGCUUGGCUUGUUAUUUUUGAAAGUUUUACUUGACUUUUUUCUUUUCCUUUCGAACCUGGAUGGCUAGGUAUCUAUUCUGCGAGUGAGCAACGCGGCAGGAAUAGAUAUCACAAGAGGCAGGCGCUAUUUGCCAUCGCUCGUCGACGAUCUUGCCAUCUCUUAGUCCUUUGGCGACUGCUAUUUAGCUAUUCAUGAGUUUUAUGCGGAGGCAAUUGUGUAUUUUAUGGAUUUUACCUCGUUGAGGAUGGCGCAUUAAUGACUGAUAUGAGGACGAGGGAAACGAAGUGGGAGGGCAGCACUGAAUUGAUAUGAUUAUUAGCCUCGUCUUAGCUUAAGCAAAAUGAAUCAAAGAGAUGACCACU